UGGCUCACAGGCUUUGGCCAAUAUGCUUACACUUCACCAUUUGCAGUUUCAUGGAACCAAAACUGCCCAAAGUGCCUUGUGGCCUUCAGACAUACGGGGCUGGCCACCAUGCCGACGGCAUGUCGACCAAAGCGCCUGGGCCUAGCCCUCGACUUCGACCUCACGCAGACCCCCGCGCCUGCCUAUCUGAACACCAAGAAGAACCCCAGUCGCAACUAUCGAGCGGAGAUCAAGGAUUACAACAACAUGCUUAUUAACCAGGUGCGGCCAACGAAUGACCUUGACCCCAGGCAUUGGCAAGGAAAUGGCUUUGCCGGCCAUGUGCAAUACGUGCCGUUUAUUGGCACCAGCCCUUUGCGAGCGGGGGAGAAGCUUGAGCGCGACAUGCAGAUCUCACAGAUGCCCCGAGAGAAUGGGAAGCCGCUGAACGUAUCGCAGAUGACUCGCUCUGCUGGUAUGCUUGGCUUCACCCGCGCGCUGGAGGAUCAGGAGCGGAUCGCGCACGAGGCGGCGAUAGAUGUCACGCGGGACAUCCGCGGCGUAGCCAAUGCGCUUCACCGGGCAGAAGAUGGGCACAACCACUACAGGAACCAGGUGGAGCUUAAUCAACAGCGGCACGACCGCAUCACCAAAGUGGCGCAGGCUUUGCCUGGAAUGCGAGCAGCUGGCCUCGCGAGCAUCAAUCCGAGGAUGGGCACCUGCGGUAGCUUGCAGAAUCUCACUGGUCUGCGGGGCCAGGGAGGCAACGAACAUUGGCGCACAUCGACGCCCUGGGCCUUGGGCGGUGCUUGGUCGCUGGAGUCGCUUUCCCACAACUGAGAUCUGGGGUAAGCCGACUUGAGAGAGCCUCUAAACUUCUUCAUCCCUUUUUCGACAAUUGCUUGUGUACUCCAAGUUUGAGAAACCAACGGCGGCGAGCCGU